AUGGCUGCUGCAUCACCACCCACACUGCAAAACACAGCUCGCUUUCUCGGCAGCCAGGGCACAGGCCGAUCCAUGAGCAGUGACACCAUUGUUGCUCCACCAGAUGAUUCCCCUUCCUCAUCCUCCUCAAGUCAACGAUCACAUAAUCUAAUCAAGCCUCCUCCUCCAGCAGCAGCAUCCGAAAACAUUGAAUACGCAUCCACCCUAUUGCAUCGUAAACCGUUUUUACCCAACACAGAUGUCCUUGUUAACGUCUCAUCCACAUUCAAUAAUGACGAAUCUUCGGAGAAACCACAACAAGAUCCACAAUUCGAAACGAAAAAGCGCAUAAUUCUCGCUCUUGGCCGAUGCCUAUUGCAGUAUGGUAGUCCUUCUCAUCGCAUUGAAGAAACCCUCAAGCAUGCAUGCAAAACUCUAUCAAUUGAUGCCACGUUCACGAUUGUACCUGAUUUGAUCCUUGUAUCACUUGCACAUCCAGCAUCCACAUCUUCGUCUUCGUCUUCCACCACCGAUACAACAGCAACACAACAUCCACCUUAUCCUGAAACCCUUACCAUCAAAUCGGUUGUCGGCUUUGACGUGGGAAAACUAGUGAGGAUGACCAAAACCAUGAAUGCACUUUACAAAGGAAAACAAAACCCAGAGCAAUGCCUCAUGUCACUACAAGAAAUCAUCGACUCACCGCCUUCAUGUGGCAACUGGGCCUUGUGUUUUUCAUUCUCUGCUAUCGGAUUCACGGCAACAGCUUGCAUGUUUGAUGGCACAUGGGUAGAUGCCACUGCUGCCACUAUCCUUGGUUUAUUGGUGGCAUUGUUGUUCAUUGCAUCCAUCAAGAUACCUGCCUAUGGCCCCAUAUAUGAAGUCUCGUCAUGCAUCAUUGUGGGUCUUGUGGCACGAUUGCUUCACGAGUACGCUUGUUUUAUUACAGUGGGGUUGUCACCCAUUUUGAUAUUGCUACCAGGUUAUGGCAUGACAAUGGCAGUGAUGGAAAUCCUUGCACAUCAGGUGACCACAGGAGCCAUUCGGCUAGCCUAUGCAGUAAUUUAUGCAUUUCUGCUUGCGUAUGGUCUCCAAAUCGGUAGCAGCGUGUAUAUGGCCAUCAACCCUAAUAUUCCAGAUGAAGGCGUAUGCGGCGAUCCAGUCUCACCAUGGUACUAUUUACUGCUUUUCCCCAUCAUGAGUAUUUCUAUCGGCUUGGCAUACGGCUCCACACGUCAGCAAUGGGCAUCACAAACAUGUUGUGCAGCUAUCGGCUUUUGUGUGCUUUUUUUUCUUGGCAGGAUUGUCUCUGAUCCUCAAGUCCUUAGCACGAUCGCUGCAUUUGCCAUGGGCUUAUACGCCAACUUUGCUCUUAAAAUCACUGGUGAGCCACCCCUGGCACCUUUAUGUGUAGGGAUCACAUUACUUGUGCCUGGCAGUCUAGGUGUACGUCAUGCAUAUGCGUUGCUGCAUAAUAAUGAUGUUACCCAGGGGCUUUAUCCCAUCCUCAUGCUUCAAGUCUCCUUGGGGUUAGCUGUGGGCUUACACGCCGCUGCCAUCAUUGUUUAUCCCACGAGCAAGAUUCGCUCGUUGUACAUUUCUUUGUAA